AUGGCCUCUGCUUCGAGAAGAUCUAUCUUGCGUCUCAUAAACGCCUCUCAACACACCUGCUGUCCCUGCCACGGUCAUUCCCAUGUCCACCCACAUACCCAACUUCAGGCCAUAUCCCAGUUGCGCAACUUCGCGACACCCGUACCCUCUAUCGAGAGGGAGUAUGCUUUCGAGGUGGCGGCCUCCAAUUUACGGUUCGGUGACGGGGUAACCAAAGAAGUCGGCAUGGACCUCAAGAACAUGAAGGCUCGAAAGGUUGGAGUAAUGACAGACCCAAAUGUUGCUAAGCUGAAGCCAAUGCAAGCUGCUAUCGCGGCACUAGAAGCCGAAACCGAUCUUCCCUUUGAGGUUUAUGACAGGGUCGUCGCGGAACCAACUGAAGAAAGCUGGAGAGACGCUAUUGCUUGGGCGAGGCACCACGACUUUAGUCACUUCCUGGCUGUUGGCGGUGGAAGUGUCAUUGACACCGCAAAAGCAGCUAAUUUGUUCACCGUUUACAAGGAUGCUGAUCUCAUGGAGUUCAUCAAUGCUCCAAUUGGCAAAGGCGCUCCUAUCAAACAAGCUCUUCGUCCACUCAUUGCCGUUCCCACAACCGCUGGUACUGGUUCAGAAACCACAGGAACGGCAAUCCUGGAUAUCACGUCCAGGUCUUUCAAGACGGGUAUCGCCAAUCGCGCUCUGAAACCUGUGCUCGGCAUUGUGGACGUGCACAAUACCGAAAGUUGUCCCACCGCAGUACAAAUUAGCGCUGGCUUGGAUGUCUUGUUCCAUAGCUUGGAGAGCUAUACAGCUAUUCCAUACACAGAGCGAUUCCCUCGACCGGCUAACCCCAUUCUUCGCCCAGCUUAUCAGGGAAGUAACCCGGUCGCCGAUAUCUUCUCCCUAUGGGCACUCCGAACUACCGUGGAGCACCUUCCUCGUGUGGCAAAGGAGCAUGACGACCCAGAAGCGCGCCGACAGAUGCUUCUCGCGUCUUCGUUUGCAGGGAUCGGUUUCGGCAACGCAGGUGUUCAUCUUUGCCACGGUAUGAGUUAUCCUAUUUCAGGAUUGAACAAGAAAGGUCCCAAGUACAAGCAUCCUGGCUAUGUCACCGACAAGCCCAUUAUCCCUCAUGGUGUCAGUGUUGCUUUGACGGGACCAGCAGUCUUCCAGUUCACCGCACCGUCGUCACCGGAUCGCCAUCGAGAAGCUUUAGCCAUCUUCAAUGGCGUAAGCCUUUCGGACCCCAGUAUCACCAAGAUCCCAGACAGGGAGAUUGGAGCUCACCUCUACGAAGCAAUUGCUCGCUUUUUGGAUGGCCUGGGUGUUCCCAGAGGGUUGAAGGCCGUCGGAUACAAAACAAGCGAUGUAGACAUGCUAGUGGAUGGCACUAUACCACAGCGACGUGUCUUGGAUCUCGCCCCCGGAGUAGGGGACGUAGCGGGUGCGGACGGAAGGGAACAUCUCACUCGCAUCUUGGAAAACUCUCUCGAGUACUAA